AUGGAGCGGCUUCUUCAUUCACCUGCCAGGGCUCGCGAUGAGUACCGGUAUCAAAUGGCACGUCCUUCAUCAAAACUGAUCUCAAGGACUGCCUUUAACUUGGGGUCCACAACCCAACUGACAGGCAAUGAAACCCUUGAAUACGGGGCUAAACCAGUCGAUAGCUUAGAUUUUCUACAGAAAUUUGCAGGUGAAAUGCCUCUGAGGAAAAUGAGUGAGAAAGAAUUACUGCAGGGACUCAAUGACCGCUUUGCGGGAUUCAUCGAGAAGGUUCAUCACCUGGAAAACCAAAACAGAGCACUUGAGAGAGAAAUUGAGGCCAUUAAACUCAGAGGGAAAUCCUCUGCCUCUCUCUCUAAAGAAUAUGAAUUGGAACUCAAUGACCUGAGGAAGCAAGUUCACGAGAUUUCCCUUCAAAAGCAUCAGAUUGAGAUAAAUCGCCACACUCUGGAGGAUGAGUUCAACACUUUGAGAGACAAGUAUGAGAGAGAAGCGUGUAGUCGAGUUGAUACUGAGGACAAUAUUUCAGUGCUGAAGAAAUGCAUCAGUGACGCAUACUUAGCCAAAGAAGAGAUGGACAGAAAAGCAAAAGCUCUUGAAGAUGAAAUCAGCUUUCUGAAGAAAAAUCACGAGAGUGAGGUAGACGAAAUGAUUGCCAAAAUCCAGGAAAGUCAUGUGACUGCAGAAACAAAUGAUUUUAGUAGAAGUGAUAUUACUGCAGCUCUGAGAGACAUCAGGAUGCAACUUGAAGGUCACACCAACUCUGACAUCCGAUACACUAAGGAGCAGUGUUGCACACAGCUCGCCAAACUGACCAAAGCUGCUGAGGUCAACAGAGAGGCCCUCAUGGCUACUAAAGCAGAGAUUAAUGAACACAGGAGACAGCUUCAGUCCAUGAACACUGAGCUGGACUCUGUGAAAGGUGUGAGAGAGGCACUGGAAAGGCAGCUGUAUGACCUCGAGCAACGGCACAAUGCUGAAAUCCAUCAUUACCAGGACACAAUCAGAGAGCUGGAAUUCGAGCUGAAAAAUGCUAAAUAUGACAUGAGCAGCCACCUCAUGGAGUACCAGGAUCUUCUCAAUGUAAAAAUGGCCCUGGAUGCUGAAAUUUAUUCUUACAGAAAACUUUUGGAGGGUGAAGAAUCAAGGUACUCUACAAUCUCAGAUGCACAUAUUUCAGUACCAUUCAGACAGUCACCCACCUAUACUCUCCCUUGUGUCAAAAGGCAGGGGGUAGCAACUCGAAAAGCAGAGCCUCAGUACAAAUUUAUUGAAGAGAUCAUUACAGAGACAAACAGAGAAGAUGUGGAGAUAUCAGACACUGGGGCUGACAAGAGUGAGGAGGGGAGAGAAGAUGACAAACCAGAUGAGGAGAGCAGUGAGCAAGAAACACAAGGUGACAUUUCACAGGAAGCUAAAGAUACUGAAGAACCAGCCAUGAAGAACAGCAAUGGAGGUAGCCCUGAAAUAGAGGCAGAAGAAAAUGAAGAAAACCUGACUGCAGAGAGUGUUGAAAGAGAGGAAGAAACAGCUGUAAACAAUAAGGUAAACAAAGAUAUAGACACUGACUCUGAACCAACUCAAGACAAAAUUUUAGCAAAAACACUUGAUGAAAAAGAUAAAGAUGAGCAAACAGACACAAAAAGCACAGAGCACAAAGACCGGCAGGAUGAUUUGAAAGGAAAAAUAAAAGUACUAACAGGUGCACCUGAAGAGGAAAAUGUGAAGACAGAUAAACCAGCUAAAGAGGUAGAGAAAGAUGUCUCAAAAUCAGAGCUGUUAGAAAAGCAAGUACUGCCAGAGAAAUCAGCUGAAACUGGUCCAAAAGACAAACCAUCUCAGAAGCCACACGAAGGUCCACAAACAACAACUCAAGAAAACACCAAGCCCAGUGAACAGGCAGUUGAGGUAACUUCUCAAAAAACUGAAGAAGUUGAACAUAAAGAUGCUGAAAUCACAUCUCAAGAAUCUAAGACUGCAAAAACAGCAGAGAAAGAGAAAGAAACAGCACCAGUGAAAUCUGUAGAGGUGGAUACUCCCAUAACGAAACCACAGCCCGCACCUGAAAAUGCAGAGAGUGGAAAAAAGAUUACUUUGGGAGAUGAUACAAUGGAGGAGUCAAAGAAGAGUGGAGAUGUAAGUUCCCAUAAAAAGGAUAUUUUAGAAAAUGUGAAGACAGAUGAACCAGCUAAAGGAGUAGAGAAAGAUGUCUCAAAAUCAGAGCUGUUAGAAAAGCAAGUACUGCCAGAGAAAUCAGCUGAAACUGGUCCAAAAGACAAACCAUCUCAGAAGCCACACGAAGGUCCACAAACAACAACUCAAGAAAACACCAAGCCCAGUGAACAGGCAGUUGAGGUAACUUCUCAAAAAACUGAAGAAGUUGAACAUAAAGAUGCUGAAAUCACAUCUCAAAUAUCUAAGACCGCAAAAACAGCAGAGAAAGAGAAAGAAACAGCACCAGUGAAAUCUGUAGAUGUGGAUACUCCCAUACCGAAACCACAGCCCAAACCUGAAAAUGGAGAGAGUGGAAAAAAGAUUACUUCGGGAGAGGAUACAAUGGAGGAGUCAAAGAAAAGUGGAGAUGUAAGUUCCCAUAAAAAGGAUAUUUUAGAAAAUGUGAAGACAGAUGAACCAGCUAAAGGAGUAGAGAAAGAUGUCUCAAAAUCAGAGCUGUUAGAAAAGCAAGUACUGCCAGAGAAAUCAGCUGAAACUGGUCCAAAAGACAAACCAUCUCAGAAGCCACACGAAGGUCCACAAACAACAACUCAAGAAAACACCAAGCCCAGUGAACAGGCAGUUGAGGUAACUUCUCAAAAAACUGAAGAAGUUGAACAUAAAGAUGCUGAAAUCACAUCUCGAGAAUCUAAGACUGCAAAAACAGCAGAGAAAGAGAAAGAAACAGCACCAGUGAAAUCUGUAGAGGUGGAUACUCCCAUAACGAAACCACAGCCCGCACCUGAAAAUGCAGAGAGUGGAAAAAAGAUUACUUUGGGAGAUGAUACAAUGGAGGAGUCAAAGAAAAGUGGAGAUGUAAGUUCCCAUAAAAAGGAUAUUUUAGAAAAUGUGAAGACAGAUGAACCAGCUAAAGGAGUAGAGAAAGAUGUCUCAAAAUCAGAGCUGUUAGAAAAGCAAGUACUGCCAGAGAAAUCAGCUGAAACUGGUCCAAAAGACAAACCAUCUCAGAAGCCACACGAAGGUCCACAAACAACAACUCAAGAAAACACCAAGCCCAGUGAACAGGCAGUUGAGGUAACUUCUCAAAAAACUGAAGAAGUUGAACAUAAAGAUGCUGAAAUCACAUCUCAAAUAUCUAAGACCGCAAAAACAGCAGAGAAAGAGAAAGAAACAGCACCAGUGAAAUCUGUAGAUGUGGAUACUCCCAUAACGAAACCACAGCCCGCACCUGAAAAUGCAGAGAGUGGAAAAAAGAUUACUUUGGGAGAUGAUACAAUGGAGGAGUCAAAGAAAAGUGGAGAUGUAAGUUCCCAUAAAAAGGAUAUUUUAGAAAAUGUGAAGACAGAUGAACCAGCUAAAGGAGUAGAGAAAGAUGUCUCAAAAUCAGAGCUGUUAGAAAAGCAAGUACUGCCAGAGAAAUCAGCUGAAACUGGUCCAAAAGACAAACCAUCUCAGAAGCCACACGAAGGUCCACAAACAACAACUCAAGAAAACACCAAGCCCAGUGAACAGGCAGUUGAGGUAACUUCUCAAAAAACUGAAGAAGUUGAACAUAAAGAUGCUGAAAUCAUAUCUCAAGUAACUAAGACUGCAAAAACAGCAGAGAAAGAGAAAGAAACAGCACCAGUGAAAUCUGUAGAUGUGGAUACUCCCAUAACGAAACCACAGCCCGCACCUGAAAAUGCAGAGAGUGGAAAAAAGAUUACUUCGGGAGAGGAUACAAUGGACGAGUCAAAGAAAAGUGGAGAUGUAAGUUCCCCUAAAAAGGAUAUUUCAGACACUGUGAACGUAGAAGCUAUAAAAUCUGAGCAAGGGGAUACCAACAAACUAACAGAUGCUGAAAAACCUGUAGAUAAAAAGCAAGAGUCUCCAACAAAAAAAGAGGAACAGGAAAAAAAAACAGAAGAAUCCGUAAAAAAGGAAGAUAGCAACGCUGAUGGAUUGAUAGACAGUGUGAAAACAGAAAAGAGAGAAGGUGCCAAACCAGAAAAAACACAAGAAGACAUUUCAAAGGAUGCAGGAGAAAAAUCAAAACCUGAGUCAAAGAAACUAGAGGACAUCACAAAAGAUAGCAGUGAAAACAGUGUAAAAACAAGCAGAGGAGAAACAAUAGUCACAGAAAAGAAGGUUGAUGAAACACAGAGUAAUGAAGCACCUAAAGCCAAGGAAACCAAAUAUGAUGCAAAGCCAGAGCAAAAGGAUACAAAAGAGAGCAAAGUGAAGAUGCCUGAAAAAGCUGAAGGGGUGGAUAGUGUAACAACCAAAGACCCUCAGACUGACAGUGGAACCACCAAAGAUGUAAAAAGUGAAGAAACUGUCCCAAAAGAUGACAAAGAAUCAGACAGUGGCUUACAUAAAGUGAAGGAUGCAACUUCUGAGACAUAAUCCAAAACAGAGGCAAAAGCACCAGAGAAGACUGAGCAGUUUAGUAAGGAGGACAGCAUGAAAAUCAAAGGUUCAGAUGAAAAAAAGAAAACCCUUUAAUGUAGUAUAUAAUCCUCAAUAAAAGCCAUCAGAAAAGGAUAAAGAGCAGAAAAGAUAUUGGUCAAAAAAUAAUAAAAAAAAAUAAAAAAAAACUAUGAGAAAUGUCUUAAAGCAAAGAGAAUGAAAAAUGUUAAAAUAUGCAAACUUGAUGUAAUAUAAAUUACUUUAUGACAGAUUAUCUCAGUUGAGCAUGAAUUUUAGAAAUUGCUAUCUUGAAGUUUGAAUGUUUUGAUGCAUGUGUACACUGUAAAAUAGGUGUACAUAAUGAAUGUGUGAAUAAUGAGGAAUGUAAAAGAACAGAUUUUAUUUUGCUACAUCCUUGCUCUGAUCAUCCAAAUAUGUAUUACAACAAUGCAAUUUACUGAAUAAACAUUAUUUCAGCAUAUCAAUCUGUUUCAUAGAAUAUUAAUUAAGCUUUUGCUAAACAGUCUUCUAUUGGAUAAAGAGCUUACAACAGAGGAAAUAGGGGUUUGGGUUUUGCCAACAGUUUGGGCAAUCAGGAAAUGUCAUGCUUUGAUGCUGCUCUUCUUUUCUUUGUUGGUAACACCUGCCAAACAGCACAUAUAUAAACUUAAAAGUAUUUUCUUUCAGCAUAGCAACUAUUACAUUAUAUUUGUACAAUUUAUCACUAAGGAAUUUGCUCUAGCGUAGGUGUUCACAAGCUUCUUUGUCAGCUAAACUCCUAUUGACCUAAAUUAUUAACUUAAGAGUAACCCCAUAUUUAAAAGUAACACUAAAGAAAUAUGAACUUCACAUCUUUGCAUGUUCACUUAUUUUGGUUAUCUUUAUUGAAGCUUUAUAUAUACACUCACCUACCACUUUAUUAGAUACACCUGUACACCCACUUAUUCAUGUGAUUACCUAAUCAGCCAAUUGUGUGGUAGCAGUGCAAUGCAUAAAAUCAUGCAGAUAUGGGUCAGGACCUUCAGUUAAUGUUUAACUCAACAAUCAGAUUCGAGCUGACAGAAAGGCUGUGGUAACUCAGAUAACCACUCUAUACAAUUGUAGUGAGCAGAACAGCAUCUCAGAAUGCACAACACUUCAAACCUUGAGGUGGAUGGGCUACAACAGCAGAAGACCACGCUGGGUUCCACUUCUGUCAGGCAAGAACAGAAAGCUGAGGUUUUAAUAUAUUACAACUUAAUUCUCGUAAUUUUGACUUUAUUCUCAAAACAUUAAGAUUUUUUUUUUUGGCAUGGCACUAAACCGCCGUUGUAGUAAAUAGCUAUUGAUUUUCUGAGGUAUUUUUAUGUUCUUGCCCUUUUAAGGGAUAUAAUGUUUUGGGUAUGAGAAGCCAUUUGCUUUGCAGUUAACACUUAUUUCAAGAAGUGUAAUGUUAUUGAAGUAUAGUUUAUUGAAAAGUUCAAACAUACAUAUAAGGACCUCUGAGGUUUUGUGGAGUCAGGGUAAUAAUGCUAAAGAUACUGAACUCAAAUCACAUGGCCGACCCAUUCUUCCUUUUCUGCGUGAUUUAGCUAGUCGUCUGUGCUGCAAAUAAAAACAAACUGCCAGUCAUGCCAGCUCACUAGCCUUAUUUUCCUACAGACACUCU